GUGAAGCAAUGGACGAGGCACUGAGUUGUAAGUAAAAAAAACCAAUAACAAAUGUGGUCUGCUGAUCUAAUGGAAGGUGAAAUGGUACAUAUGUAAUUACAGGUAUAAUUAUUAGUCCCAAUGAGAAGUGUAAACUGUAGAAAAUAUGCAGUAGUUUUACCUUCCCAGGGCAUUCAGAAGGUUUCUUUGAAGAAGUAAUAUUUCAAUUAAAUCCUAAAUAAUGAAAAAUAAUUAGCAAGGCAAGAAGUAGGAUGAGUGUCCAGAAUAACACCCUGGAAAAUGUCAGUUAUCAAAAAUGAAGUCCUUUUAAGGAGCCAGAAGGCCAGGCCGAUGAAAAGGAGAGAAUGAAACUGAGUAGCAUAAGGUGAACCUAGAGAGUGUGCAGUGUCACGUAUCAUUAAGGAACUUCCAAGUCAACUGAGGAAUUAAUAAACGUUAUCCUGAGAUAAUAGGGAACCACUGAAAAACUAUAACCAGUGGAGAUAUUUGGUUAAUGUCUUAAAUAAAACAUACAUGAUUGGAUUACUGUAUAGGGCACAAAAAUGAAUUGCAGAAAAUGGAAAAGGAGUCCCAGAGUCAAUACAAUAUUUCAAGUGAAAAUAUGCAAGCUUUAAAUGAGGACUAUAGUAGUGAUAGAGAGGGGAAGACAGAUUCAAGAUGUAUUACUGUAGUACACCCUACAAGGAAUGGUGGAUUAUUGGAUAUAGAAGAAGAAAGAUGAGGAAGGAUUCAAAGGUGAAACUCUGGUUUCUGGUUUAAGCAACUGCGUGAAUAAUUGUGUCAUUUUUUUGCCCCAUAGAACACUGUAAUAAGAGCAGAUUCUUGGGUGAAUUAUGAUUAGUUUUGGACUUUCAUUUGGAGACUUAAAAGAUGUCCAAAUGGAGCUAUUGAUUAAGUAAUAAGAAGAGUGGCCAAGGUUAAAGUCAUUGACAAAUGGAUGGGAUGGUAAUUUAAACCACAGUAGGUAUGAAAUAAUUUACAAUAAAAGAAUAAUAGGGAAGAAAAAAAGCUCUGACAAGGAUAUGAUGGAAAAUGCAUAAUAGAAAACAAACAAAACAAAACAAAAACCACGGAAAGACUCAGAAAGUUCAGUGUCAUGAAAAGCCAAAGUAAGAAAGCAAGAAAUUACAAGUAUGGUGAAUGGUAUCAAAUCCUGUGAAGAGAUAAAUUCAAAAAGGACUGAAAACUGUCUUUUGAAUUUACUAACGUAAAGUCAAUUGAUGAACUUAAUGUUAGUAGUUUUAGGGAAGUAUAAAAGGCUUUGCAAUUAUUUAGAGUUUUUUGGGGAAAAGGAAAAAGUCUAGCUAACCAUAUUAAGGUGAUUUGUUACAGUGGAUAGAAAAGAGUUAAAACUAUGUCUAUGGAUGGGGUAAUUGCUGGUCAAGAAGAGACUGUUUAGCUAAUAAGAAAGAGACUUUAGCAUGCCAACAUGCUUAUAGAUUUCCCUCUGUACUUAAAUGAUAAGUGGAUAUUUAAUAGAAAAAGGGGGAAUAUUGACUUUGAAUAGAUUCAUGAAACUUUCAUUAUAAUUGAGGUGAACUUAUUUUUCUGUCACAGGAGUUUUGUCAGUCUACCCAGUCAAUACUUUCCUUUCAGACUCAUAAUGUUGUAAGACCGGAUAGAGUUUUAUAGUACUUAAGGAAUUAUUUCAUUUGCUUAAAAAAAGCCCACAAAACACUUGUUUAUAGUUAUUUAUCCUAUAUCUGUCUUAUAAGCUCUUUUCUUUCAAAUUAAAUACUUUUUCUUUCAUUUUAUGCUUUUUCUAGGAAAAUUUCUAUCUUCUUUUGUAUUAUCAAAGAGAUAUUUGGAGCAGAGUCAACCCUCUCAGUUACAUAAAAUAAAAAAUGGCAUAUUCUUGGCAAACAGAUCCAAAUCCCAAUGAAUCACAUGAAAAGCAGUAUGAACACCAAGAAUUUCUCUUUGUAAAUCAACCCCAUUCUUCUAGCCAAGUCAGUCUGGGUUUUGAUCAGAUAGUAGAUGAGAUCAGUGGCAAAAUUCCACACUACGAGAGUGAAAUUGAUGAAGACACCUUUUUUGUGCCUGUUGCACCAAAAUGGGACUCAAAAGGGCAUUCAUUAAAUGAAGCACACCAAAUAUCUUUGAAUGAAUUCACUUCUAAAAGCCGUGAACUCUCCUGGCAUCAAGUUAGAAAAGCACCAGCAAUUGGUUUUAGUCCUUCUGUGUUACCAAAACCUCAAAAUAUGAAUAAAGAAUGCCCCUGGGGAAGCCCCAUAGGAAAACAUCAUGGUGCUGAUGAUUCCAGAUUCAAUAUUUUAGCUCCAUCAUUCACAAGUUUGGAUAAAAUUAAUCUACAGAAAGAAUUAGAAAAUAAAAACCGUAACUACCAUAUAGGAUUUGAAAGCAGCAUUCCUCCUACAAACUCGUCCUUCUCAACUGAAUUCAUGCCCAAAGAAGAGAAUAAAAGGAGUGGACAUGUGAACAUUGUGGAACCCUCUUUGAUGCUUUUGAAAGGCUCUCUUCAACCCGGGAUGGGGGAAAGUACAUGGCAGAAGAACAUAGAGUCAAUAGGUUGUUCCAUUCAGCUAGUGGAAGUACCUCAAGGCAGUAAUACGAGUCUGGCCUCUUUUUGCAACAGAGUAAAAAAAAUCAGAGAAAGAUAUCAUGCAGCUGACAUUAAUUUCAAUUCUGGGAAGAUCUGGAGCACUACUACAGCAUUUCCGUAUCAGCUCUUUUCUAAGACCAAGUUUAAUAUACAUAUUUUUAUUGAUAACUCAACACAACCUCUUCAUUUUAUGCCAUGUGCUAACUAUCUUGUCAAAGAUCUAAUUGCAGAAAUUCUGCAUUUUUGUACAAAUGACCAGUUACUGCCCAAAGAUCAUAUUCUAAAUGUAUGUGGCUCUGAAGAAUUUUUACAAAACGAUCACUCUUUGGGGAGCCACAAAAUGUUUCAAAAAGAUAAAUCUGUUAUUCAACUCCAACUGCAGAAAAGUAGGGAAGCUCCAGGAAAGCUAUCUCGAAAGCAUGAAGAGGACCACAGUCAGUUUUAUCUGAACCAACUUCUAGAAUUUAUGCAUAUUUGGAAAGUAUCGAGACAAUGUCUCUUAACAGUCAUCAAAAAAUAUGACUUCCACCUGAAAUAUCCAUUUAAAACCCAGGAAAACGUGGAUAAUAUUAUUGAAGAAGUUAAAAAAAUAUGCAGUGUUCUAGGGUGUGUGGAAACCAAACAAAUUACAGAUGCAGUAAAUGAACUAAGUCUAAUUCUUCAGAGAAAAGCAGAGAAUUUUUAUCAAAGUUCAGAGACUUCAGCAAAAGGCUUGAUAGAGAAGGUAACAACUGAACUAUCCACAUCCAUCUACCAGCUCAUCAAUGUCUAUUGUAACAGCUUUUAUGCAGAUUUUCAGCCUGUAAAUGUACCCAGAUGCAUUUCCUAUCUAAAUCCCGGGCUUCCUUCCCACCUCAGCUUCACAGUGUAUGCUGCACACAACAUUCCAGAAACCUGGGUGCACAGCUACAAAGCAUUUUCUUUUACCUGUUGGCUUACAUAUGCUGGAAAGAAGCUGUGCCAAGUGAGAAACUACAGAAAUAUUCCAGUCAAGAAGUUAUUUUUUUUCUUGGUCAAUUGGAAUGAAACGAUCAAUUUUCCCCUCGAAAUAAAGUCACUUCCAAGGGAAUCCAUGCUCACUGUAAAACUGUUUGGGAUUGCCUGUGCAACCAACAAUGCAAAUUUACUGGCAUGGACUUGUCUUCCACUGUUUCCAAAAGAAAAAUCCAUCCUCGGGUCUAUGCUAUUCAGCAUGACAUUACAGAGUGAGCCUCCCGUAGAAAUGAUAGCACCAGGAGUGUGGGAUGUAAGUCAGCCAUCCCCAGUGACCCUGCAGAUUGAAUUUCCAGCUACUGGGUGGGAGUAUGUGAAACCUGAUUCUGAAGAAAAUGGAAGUAAUCUUGAAGAGCCACCAAAGGAGUGUUUAAAACAUAUUGCCAGACUUUCACAGAAACAGACUCCCCUACUACUCUCUGAAGAAAAGAAAAGAUAUUUGUGGUUUUAUCGCUUCUACUGCAAUAAUGAAAACUGCUCCCUUCCUCUAGUCCUGGGUAGUGCCCCUGGAUGGGAUGAAAGGACUGUUUCAGAAAUGCAUACCAUUUUGAGAAGAUGGACAUUUUCUCAACCUUUAGAGGCUCUUGGGCUUUUGACUUCCAGUUUUCCAGAUCAGGAAAUUCGUAAAGUGGCAGUUCAACAAUUAGACACCCUCUUGAAUGAUGAACUACUGGAAUAUCUCCCACAGCUAGUUCAGGCUGUCAAGUUUGAAUGGAACCUUGAGAGUCCUUUAGUGCAACUUCUACUCCACCGCUCCUUGCAAAGCAUCCAGGUUGCCCAUCGUCUUUACUGGCUGCUAAAGGAUGCAGAAAAUGAAGCUUAUUUUAAAAGCUGGUAUCAGAAGCUACUAGCUGCUCUCCAAUUCUGUGCAGGUAAAGCCUUGACUGAUGAGUUUUCCAAGGAGCAGAAACUUAUCAAAAUUCUAGGAGAUAUUGGGGAAAAAGUCAAGUCUGCCAAUGACCAUCAAAGACAGGAGGUACUGAAGAAAGAAAUUGGCAGACUAGAAGAGUUCUUUCAAGAUGUAAAUACUUGUCAUCUUCCUCUGAACCCUGCCCUGUGUAUAAAAGGGAUUGAUCAUGAUGCAUGUUCAUAUUUUACAUCUAAUGCUUUGCCAUUGAAGAUUACUUUCAUCAAUGCUAAUCCAAUGGGCAAAAACAUCAGCCUUAUUUUUAAGGCUGGAGAUGAUCUUCGUCAGGAUAUGCUUGUUCUGCAGAUUAUUCAAGUGAUGGACAACAUGUGGCUGCAAGAAGGCCUGGAUAUGCAAAUGAUCAUUUAUAGAUGUCUAUCUACAGGAAAAGACCAAGGAUUGGUGCAGAUGGUACCUGAUGCUGUGACCCUAGCAAAGAUUCAUCGCCAUUCUGGACUGAUAGGACCAUUGAAAGAAAACACAAUAAAAAAGUGGUUCAGUCAGCACAACCACUUAAAGGCAGAUUAUGAAAAGGCCUUAAGGAACUUUUUCUACUCCUGUGCUGGCUGGUGUGUGGUAACAUUCAUCCUGGGAGUAUGUGACCGUCACAAUGAUAAUAUCAUGCUGACAAAGUCGGGCCACAUGUUUCAUAUUGACUUUGGAAAAUUCCUAGGUCAUGCACAAACAUUUGGAGGGAUAAAAAGGGACCGAGCUCCUUUCAUUUUUACUUCAGAGAUGGAAUACUUUAUUACAGAGGGUGGGAAAAACCCACAGCAUUUCCAAGAUUUUGUGGAACUUUGCUGUCGUGCUUAUAAUAUUAUCAGAAAGCACAGCCAACUGCUCUUGAACCUGCUAGAAAUGAUGCUAUAUGCAGGACUGCCUGAGCUAAGUGGAAUUCAAGACCUGAAAUAUGUGUAUAAUAAUCUUCGUCCGCAAGACACAGACCUGGAAGCAACAAGUCAUUUUACCAAGAAAAUAAAGGAAAGUCUGGAGUGUUUCCCUGUUAAAUUGAAUAACUUGAUCCACACACUUGCACAAAUGUCAGCCAUAAGCCCUGCCAAAUCUACUUCACAGACGUUUCCUCAGGAAUCCUGUUUGCUGAGUACAACUAGGUUGAUUCAAACAGCAACAAUUUUAGGGUUCAGCAAGAAAUCCAGUAAUCUGUAUCUGAUCCAGGUGACACACAGCAACAACGAAACAAGCCUGAUAGAAAAAUCAUUUGACCAGUUUUCAAAACUUCACAGCCAACUUCAGAAGCAGUUUGCAUCAUUGACUCUCCCAGAGUUUCCUCAUUGGUGGCACCUACCUUUUACAAAUUCAGAUCACAAAAGAUUUGGAGAUCUAAAUCAUUACAUGGAACAGAUAUUAAAUGGAUCAUGUGAAGUUACAAAUAGUGAUUGUGUACUUAGCUUUUUCCUCUCUGAGGCUGUGCAACAAACAGCUGAAGAAUCAUCACUUAUGUACCUAGGUGAGAAGUUUCCAGACAAGAAGCCUAAGGUGCAGUUAGUCAUAUCCUACGAGGAUGUGAAGCUGACCAUACUAGUGAAACACAUGAAAAACAUUCAUCUCCCAGAUGGCUCUGCGCCCAGUGCACAUGUUGAAUUUUAUCUUUUACCAUAUCCCAGUGAAGUUCGUAGGAGGAAAACAAAAUCUGUUCCAAAAUGUACAGACCCCACUUACAAUGAAAUUGUAGUAUAUGAUGAAGUCACAGAGCUCCAAGGACAUGUCUUAAUGCUUAUUGUGAAGAGUAAAACUGUAUUUGUGGGAGCAAUUAACAUCCAACUCUGUAGUGUCCCACUCGAUGAAGAAAAAUGGUACCCAUUAGGAAACAGUAUAAUUUGACCAUUGCUAUGAACGUAUGCAUUAUUCAUUAACUACUUGUAUUUUUUUUCACUUCUGGGCCUCUGAAUCUCGUAAGUAAGGCAUCUUUGUUGUCAAAGAUAGCACAGGGUAUUAAGGACACCAAACAAAUCAGAAUUAGUCUUUUGUGUUGUUUAUUUUCUGCCUGUGCUUUCAUUGUUUUUUUCAUAAUCUUUUCUCCUUCAGUGGAGUACUGAUUGCAUGAAAUUUGAUGUGUAAAAUAAUAAAAGACCUUUAUUAAAUGAUUUUAAUAUAUUUUAAAUUAAA